GCUUGCCGAGGACAUUGGCAGCUUUAACAGUGAGCUGGUUUGCGAGCAUGGGUAUAACAGGUGUACAAGGUGCCCUCUUCAGUCCACGGACUACACAUUUAAUGCUCGAAAGGACAACAAAGCAGGAGGAAUAGCUAGUUCGAUGGUUCAGGUACUGUCAUUUGCCUUGGAGUACCUGGAGCAGCCGAAUUGGGUAGUCCUGAUGCAUGGGGUGAAGCAGGGGAAAGCUUGGCCCCAGCCCAGCCGAGGACACAGACCUGCUAAUGCAUCGAGUGGAGCCUUUCCCAUUUCUCUCCUUCCAGUGUGUCCCAGUCUGCGAGGAUUCAGUGGCAGAUUCAAACACGAGCAGAGGAGCGGGGCAGCAGAGCAAAUGCGACAGAUGCCUGUAGUCAUUUAUAUUUCCAAGCACGUGGCUCUCUCCCUCUCUCCCUCUCACUCUCUCUUGCCCCUUCUUCCCUCUGUGGCUUCUCCUGACGAGAGAACAGGAGGCGUCUCGCAGCCGACAAUGAAAUCUUGGCAGCUAAUUGCGAUCAUGGGAGAUGCCCUUCAGGACCCGAAGGCUGAUUGCGGCAGCUGUGUGGACAAUAACGCCACACAACUGCUGCUUAAAAAAAAGUCACAUUUAUUUGAAGCCAAGCUGGAAGACAAAGUCCCUCAAACUUUCCCCAGGGUAACCAAGAGGCCACAGCUCCUCCAGACACGAUGGCACAGCCAUACCCGUCUGCCCAGUUCGCCCCUCCUCAGAAUGGGAUUCCGCCAGAAUACACAGCCCCCCACCCCCACGCAGCCCCAGACUACACCGGGCAGCCCACCGUCCCAGAGCACGCCUUGAACAUGUACCCGACGGCACAGACGCACACGGAACAGAACGCCAGCGACACAAACGCACAAACCGUGUCCGGAACGGCCACACAGACAGAUGACACCGCGCCGACUGACGGCCAGCAACAAACGCCGGUGAACGACAACACAGACAACAAGACGCAGCCCAAACGGUUACACGUGUCCAACAUCCCCUUCAGGUUCCGGGACCCCGACCUCCGGCAAAUGUUUGGCCAAUUUGGUAAAAUUUUAGACGUCGAAAUAAUUUUCAAUGAGAGGGGAUCUAAGGGAUUUGGUUUUGUAACGUUCGAAAACAGUGCUGAUGCAGACAAAGCGAGGGAGAAGUUACACAGCACGUUGGUCGAGGGCCGUAAAAUAGAGGUUAAUAAUGCCACAGCACGUGUCAUGACAAACAAGAAGGCUGUCAAUCCUUACGCAAACGGAUGGAAGUUAAACCCAGUUGUGGGAGCAGUGUACAGCCCUGAAUUCUAUGCAGUUCCCGGCUUCCCCUACCCAGCUGCCACGGCUGCUGCUGCCUACCGAGGGGCUCACCUGAGGGGCCGAGGACGUACGGUGUACAACACCUUCCGUGCAGCUGCACCGCCCCCUCCCAUACCAGCCUAUGGCGGUGUCGUGUACCAGGAUGGAUUUUAUGGUGCGGAUAUCUACGGUGGGUAUGCUGCAUACAGAUAUGCCCAGCCUGCCGCUGCUACCGCCGCUGCCUACAGCGACAGUUACGGAAGAGUUUAUGCUGCCGAACCCUACCACCACACAUUUACUCCAGCAACAAACUACGGCAUUAGUACCAUGAAUGCUUUCGCACCCUUGACUGAUGCCAAGACUAGGAGCCUUGCUGAUGAAGUGGGUCUCGUUCUGUCUUCAUUGCAGGCCAGUAUAUAUCGAGGGGGAUACAGCCGAUUUGCUCCAUACUAAAAACAAAAAAAAUGACAUACCAUUAAAUCUUCAGCUGGGGGAAAAACAAGAAGCUUUUUCGAGGCCUGGGUGUUGCAAUAUGACGUGUAGUCCACCAUUAUAGCAAAUCUAAACCACAAUAAAGAGGAAAAUACUACAUUUUUUUAAUCUUAUACCUCAGAUAUUUUGUUCUGUGUAUUUUAAUAAGUGGGUUUUGAUUUAUGAAAGUUGCAUAUUUGAUUAUUGGCCAGAACAACUGCUUUCCCUAUGGUGACAAAGUCUUUGAGAUAUAAGGAUAAUGGAAGCCACAAUCGUUGAGGCACUGACACGUGCUGAUCGGUGGCAGUCCCAUCUGUUUUAUAACAAUAAGUGACUAAAUUGGAGACCUUUUUCUUCAUCUCAAUUGCGUUUGAUUUAGAUUUUUGCUUUGAAGGGGGAUGAAGGGAGCGGGCAUUUAGCCUCAUAAACCACUCAAUGUGAGCGAGGCAACUGACUAUCUUUUUGCUAUCAAUUGUCUUAAAUUAUUUACUAUUUGUUCAAAACCAAAGGUUAUGUUUCCGGA